AACUAUCUACUUUUCUCGCUCCUCCUCUUCUUCUUCAGACACUUUUUCUCAUCCUAUCUUCCUCCAACCAGCUUGUUGUUCUUCCUUUCUUCCUCUCAUCUUUGUCCAGUCGCUUGGAAUUCGUGCAUUGCAAGUUUGGGCGUUGGGAAAAGAAUCUGAGCGAUUUCUUAUCUCUCUUCACUUUUCCUAAAGUCAUCAUCUCCUCGACCUUGAAAUCUGCUCUGAUUUGCUUUGCUGCGCACUUUUCUCGAGUUUCAGCCGCCGCCGUGCUGCCUGCCUACCGUUCUCAUCUCGGCGCGACCGCUUUGACGACCUGCCAUCAGCGUACCACGACCACCUCAGAACACCCCUAAACACACUUACUUCCUUCUCCUCUUUUCCCAGACUUCUGCGUUGUCCAAGCAUCUCCUACUUGUCCACCGUUUUUGGCGCUCCUCUCUGGGUUGGCUCUUCAUCUGAUAGCGACUUGUCUUCGACGUUCUUCAGCGAGAAUUUCCUUUGGUUGCGACUCCACCUCCCCCCGCAAUACGAGUACCUCGACAAGCGAAGUAUACUCGACCUGAGCUGCUCCCAUAUAAUCGUUUCAUUCGACAACUUUUCCCGCGAGUCUUGUCUAUUAUCUUUUCAACUGUCAGAAGAAUUAUAAUCCUCGAAUAUGUCGGAAAACGCUUCGGUUCUGCCACCCCCGCCAUCAACCGUUGGCGCUCCUGGGUACGAUGCUCCUCCUGGCAGCAACGGUCACACCGGCGCUCCAAUGGGGCCGCCUGCGCUUCCCCCGGUCGUCAUUCCCCAGAAUAACAACCCUGUCCCGACCCCUGCAACACCUGGCGGUGCCAUGUCGCCUUCGUCCGGAGGAAUGGUUCGAAGAGCUGCGCCUGAACCAAACAAGAGGGCUCUCUAUGUGGGUGGUUUGGAUCCUCGUGUGACGGAAGACGUCUUGAAGCAGAUCUUUGAGACAACUGGACAUGUUGUCAGCGUCAAGAUCAUUCCAGACAAGAAUCAGUUCAACACGAAAGGCCUCAACUACGGCUUUGUCGAAUACGAUGAUCCGGGUGCUGCUGAGCGAGCCAUGUCUACACUCAACGGUCGACGAGUUCAUCAAGGCGAGAUCCGCGUCAAUUGGGCGUACCAAUCCAACACAUCCAACAAGGAGGAUACCUCGAACCACUUCCAUAUUUUCGUGGGUGACCUGAGUAACGAAGUCAAUGAUGAAGUUCUUUUGCAAGCAUUCUCUGCUUUUGGUUCUGUUUCGGAAGCACGGGUCAUGUGGGACAUGAAGACCGGUCGCACUCGAGGCUACGGUUUCGUUGCUUUCCGGGAGAGGCAAGAUGCCGAGAAGGCCCUCGCGUCGAUGGAUGGUGAAUGGCUGGGUAGUAGAGCUAUUCGGUGCAACUGGGCCAACCAGAAAGGGCAGCCAUCAAUCUCGCAGCAACAGGCUAUGGCCGCCAUGGGUAUGACUCCAACCACUCCUUUCGGGCACCACCAUUUCCCUACUCAAGGCGUCCAGUCAUAUGAGAUGGUGGUCAACCAAACUCCGAGCUGGCAGACGACAUGCUAUGUUGGCAAUCUUACACCGUACACCACACAGGCCGACCUCAUUCCAUUGUUCCAAAACUUUGGUUACGUUGUUGAGACUAGGUUUCAGUCUGACCGAGGCUUCGCUUUCAUCAAGAUGGAUACGCACGAGAAUGCCGCCAUGGCCAUUUGCCAGCUUUCGGGUUACAAUGUCAACGGGCGACCUUUGAAAUGCUCUUGGGGCAAAGAUCGUCCUCCGACCGGCCAAUUCGACACGUAUUCACCACAAACAUCCAUUGGUUCUGCGACAACUCCUGGCGGCUACAACCCAGCCUCGCCGUAUUUCCCCCAGUAUGGUGGACCAGGUCCCAUGACCCCUCAGGGACCCAGCCCAGGAGGACGCGGCCAAUGGGAUUCGAACAAUCAUGCUAGCCCUUAUACUCAAUCUCCCCAAUCAGCCUUCGGACAAGGACCAGUUCCGCCUUCGGCUGGAGGAUACGGUCGUGGUCAAGGUGCACCUGCAGGAAUGUUCCAGCAGCCUCCUCCAUCGUUUGGUAACAAUUUUCCAGGAUAUCAGGCAUAGUUUGUGACAGCGUAGGAGCAACGUUAUGGAUCUUAAACCAGAUUGAUCUUUGCUAUGAGCGUUCUGUUCAGAUUACGACAUCUCACCAACUUUCAUGAGCCAUUAGACGGGGUGAAUCAAGCGAGCAGAUGUGUUGUUGGUGUUGUCGUGAGUAAGUCACGGGCAUUGGUGCUUAGCAGGAUACCCAUAUCAAAAGCGUUAUACUUGUUUCCAAAUGCACUGGUUGAACUGCCUCGCAGAUGUAAGAAUAGAAGGUUGACUCACAUGUCGUAUAGCGUAUCAAUCCAAUUUUCC